UGGCUAUAGUCAGAAUAAAAGAAAGAGAAGCAAACUAACGCUAAACUUAGGUUGUGAAAUGGGGUCUCUCAGCCCCGACACCCACCCAUUCGCCGGCGUGCGACGGCGGCCACCAGAUCCCCUGUUGCUCGUCUACCACUCUCCUCCCCCAUCCUUGAGCGCUUCUCCUCUAGCUCUUCCCCACCUCCCCAAUCCCUGCCCCAGUUGAGCGUUCCUUUUCCCUCGUUGGAAGAUGGUGAGAUCUUUGUUCCAGAGAGUUUAGAUCUUGCUGCUCUGUCCCCGAAGAGAGCCGUCACCCUGCGUGACAUUGCUGCCGUCUCCUUGGAUAGGGUUCCUCCUAGCCCUUCUAUGGCUGAGCGAGGAAAAUCUGCUGCCCAAUCACGCUUGGUUUUUUCAAAUUUCCCUGAGCAGAUGGCGCCAAAAGAGGCCAGAUCUACAGCACUGAAUCGAGAUCCUCCCAGCAGCCCUGCUUUGCUAGUCCUCUCGAGUAAAGAUUGUCCUCUUUACUCUGCCGUACUGAAGAACGACGCACAACCACCCGCGGCUCAACUCGUCCAGUUGCAUCCGCCAUCUCCGAUGUUUAAAUACAGGGACUAAAGUUAAGUCUCUGGAUCCAAACACCACCUUAAUCCGCCGCUCCUUGGCCAAGUUCCAAGACAGCAGAGGCAGAUCCGGGGGAAAGGGAGCAAUCAAGCUUUGCAGCAUCGCCUACACUUCCCAGAUCAUACAGAGCAGCUAGAAGUUAAGGCAUGGCAGGUUGUCAAACCAAAGUACUAGUAGAGGAAAUGUGAUGUAACAAAUCCUACCGUCUUCAAGCCCGCCAACAACUUGCAGGAAUAGCAUUCAAGGAAGUUGCGUUACCUUAAUCACAUAAGAGGUAAAUGCUUCCGUUGUCUGAGUUCAAAGCACAAGGUGCAGGAUUGCAGAGAGCCUCUCCGUUGCUGGUUUUGUUUUGGUUUUGGCCACCAAUCCACAACCUGCAAGUCGAGGCUCUAUAAAUCCCAGAAACAGCAAGCUGAUGCACCCAACUCGCUUGACUUCCCACCCCUCCCAGCCAGCAGAAAUAAACCCCCUGAAGCUCCCUUGGUUCCCAACAUCUCUACCCCGCCCGACAUGGCUGGCGUCCCUAGUGACCUGGUCUCAAGGCCAGAAUUGAGCUACUGCAUGGUGGCUGGUACUGUCGAAGUCGAGAGGCUCCAUGUGCUUUACACGGUGCGCUCGGUGGUGGCCUGGACAGGUGAAGGGCAACAUGUUGAUCUCAACACCAUUGCAGAUGAUGUCCACUCGGCUUACCGCAUUCAUCGCAACGACAUCCAAGUCACCAAGUACCAUCUGGAAAAUUUCUUCCUCACGUUCACCAUCCAUGGUGAUAGGGAGGCAGUCCUGCAGGAGCCAAGGUUGGUGACCAGAAGUGGACGGGAGUACUUCUUCCGGCCAUGGGAUGAGAAGAAGAAUGCAGAAGCAGCGGAUAUCAUUGAAGGUGUCCCAAUGCACGCACGAACAGAGGAUUCAGUGGCCAAGCUCAUUGGUCCUUGGUGCUCGGUGCACUACAUUGAAGAAGACACGCGUCGCCGCAACUACAAUCGCACCUUUGAUGUCUGGGUGUGGACGUCGGACCCAAGCUCCAUCCCGAAGGUUUUGCGUCUCACUGUCACUAGACCAGAUGAAGAAGGUCACCCGAUGAACACUCCUUUUCCUGAUCUUGAACCAGAGCAGCCAGCACCAAGGGAGCCGAAGAAGGGUCUUACUUAUCCGGUCAUCAUCCACGUCGACUAGGUCCAAGACCAGGCUGCGCGGCAUUACAGGGGCUACCAAUGGCGAUACGGGGAGGUCGACAAUGCAGCAAGGGCACGGAUGGUCUCCAGGCCGCUUGAGCCCUGCAGGGCUCUUACAGCGCCUGAGAGACGUUCGGAUGAUGAAGAUGACCACGGCGAUGUCUGCUCAAGAAGGAGGCAUAGAAGCAGAUCUCUCUGGGACCAGCUUGGUGGUCGCUCCUCCAGUAGGAGCAGGGAGCCGGAGUGCCAAGGGAGCAGAAGGUACAAUGAGGAAAACAGAGGAAGACAGAGGAUGCGUGAAGAGGAUAUCAACAUAAGUCACAGCCGGAACCUCUCUCGUUCAGUGGAGCCUGGAGAGACGAGGAUUAGAAGACAAUCUGCGUGACAGCUGAUCAGCGAGGCUCUCCCUCAGCGCCUGCUAUUCAAGCUCCAACAAAGGUCACCUCUCCUUGCAAGCCACAUAGAUGCAAUAGAAGCGAGAGUCCUGACGCAGGCUACACGCCUGACCUCUCCAUCACUCCAGUUGUUUCUUCCUCACCUGAUUGGGUUCCAUUCAUGCAUGUCUCGGGUGCUGUUCUCGAUCUGCUGGAGAAACACCUGGACCCAAUGGUUCAUGAAGCUGAGAUGGCUCACUCCAUGUACUCCCCUGACACUACUAUCCCACGCCCUGUUUCCCCUGUCUUUAUCCUUUCAGCUGCAGGGCAAGGCUCUCAGGCGACAACUAGAGGAAAAGGGGAGCAGACUGCUGAUGUUUUCUUUGCUGAACUCUCGACGCCGGUGCUGCAGCCUCUGUUGCCGGUGCCUGGACACAAACAGCACCGCCCUUGUCGCAACAAGCAGUAGAAGAAGCCUCUUUCUCCUGCAGCUGUGAAGACCAUCGCAGCCCUGGUCGAGAAAGGUGGCUGCAAAUCAGUCCGCCUGCGUGGAGGAAGGAAGCUGGCGGCUGUCUCGCCGGCGUGAAGAACCUCCCACAGUGAAACAGUUGUGCUUCGCUGACCAUGCAGUGGAGAAGAUAUUCCAUCCCAAUGGAAGCUCUCAGCACGCUGUCUCUUUGUGUUUCUACCAAAUGUUUUUGGCUAUGUUUCGGAGACAGUCGUCUAUGCCUUCCUCCACCAAUUUUUCUCCUAAAAACUGCAUGUAUCUCCAGUAGAUGUGUCUUUUGCUUAUGUCUCAACAAUCAUGUUUCAUCCUGUAUUGGAACAUAAGAGGGCUCAACAAUCCAGCAAAGAAAGACAGUGUUAAGUUGCUAAUUGAUGAUAUGAAAGGUUCAAUCGUGUGCCUGCAGGAAACAAAACUAUAAGUA